AACAUCACCAACUUCUGAGAAACAGCCUAUUCCAUAAAAUGCUUUCCCUCAUUCUCACGGCAGAGCUCACAGGCGUCACAGACUUGCGCCCUCAAGAUACCGAGGAGGCGCCUUAUUACUAUACUUUCAAGGUGCAAUGCACCUCCUGUCGCGAAACGCACCCCAACUGGGUGAGCUUCAACCGCUUUGAACAACAUGAGAUUCCUGGAAGUCGCGGCGAGGCAAACUUCGUCUGGAAAUGCAAGCUUUGCCAGAGGACCCAUUCUGCGUCCGUACUAGCUGGACCAAAUGCUUAUGCUGCCGGCGAUGACAAGCGCAAAGGCCAAAAGAUUAUUGACCUUGAGUGUCGCGGGCUGGAGUUUACAGAGUUUAAGCCUGAUGGAGAAUGGGAAGCUGUGGGUGUAGAGUCUUCUACGCCGUUCAAAGGAAUUGAUCUUUCGGAGGGCGAGUGGUAUGACUAUGAUGAGAAGGCUGGGGAUGAGGUUGCGAUCAAGGAGAUCAAGUGGGAGCUUGGAAGGGCGUGA